ACAUGUUGGAAGUACUGCUACUGCAUAGGCAAGGCACAACAGAACAGUGACCCUCAAGUCCUCCUCCCUGCAGCGCUGCAGCAAAAUGCUAUGCUGCCUUUUGAGGCUUGGCAAUCAAGCAAGGUUGGUCGGGUGUCAUCGAGUGGGAAAGUGGGCACUCCCAUUCAUCACCACCAAUCCGCAAAAGAAAUCUAUAAGACGGCCCUCUCACGACGUGCAGAGAGUUAGUUCGAAGGGAAAAAGGCCAUGGCCAGGUGCGGUCCUCCCGUGCCUGCAUGGAGCUAGAUGUCAUGAUCGUGAGGACUGCAUUACAACUCUGGUGAAGUGUGAGCAAGAUCUUGGAAAGAGAGGCUGUGGAACUGUAAACAAGAGACCUCCCUGGCAGGGAGAAAUGUUAAAAGACGGUAGCAAGGAGAAAUGUUAAGGAGAUGGGUAAGAAGGGAAAUUGGUUCACUGCACUCAAGAAGGCCUUCACCUCAAGCCCCAAGGAGAAGCCACCAAAUGUGCAUCAGCUGGUAGCGCAGUACCCGUCUUCGCACGGGCACGGCAGGGACAAGAAGCGAUGGGGAGGCUUCGGGCGGACGCGGUCGCACGCGGAGCCGGCGUCGCCGGCGGCGGGCGCGCUGAUCAACAUCCCGCUGUACCGCGAGCCGAGCAGCAUCGAGAAGAUCCUCGGCGACGCGGAGAUGGACCAGCAGCGCCAGUACUACGCCGCCACCAGGGCGCAGUACCAGAUCACGCCGGCGAGGCCCACCACCGCCGUCGCCGCUAGUGCUGCCGCGCCGCUGCCACAGCCGGUGGUGGGAACAGCACGUGAGCGUGAGCGUGAGCGCGAGCGCAGCAGAGAGGACAAGCCGGCCGCCGUGGUGCUCCCGCUGCCGCCGCCGUCCCCUCCACCGCUGAUCAGGAGGUUCGACCAUGACAGGGAGCAGCAGCAGAAGCUCCAGCAGCUGCAGCUGCAGCCGCAGAGCAGGGCCGAGACGGAGUGGCGGCGGCAGCCGCAGCCGCAGCCGCAGCCGAGGCGGCACCGCGCGGCGAGGCAGCGCGCCGCACCGCCGGACCGCGCGCGCGCCGCGGCCGUGGCGAUCCAGUCCGCGUUCCGGGGCUACAUGGCGCGGCGGAACUACCGGUCGCUGCGCGGGCUGAUCCGGCUGCAGGGCGUGAUGCGGGGCGCCAGCGUGCGGCGGCAGACGGCGCAGGCGAUGCGGUGCAUGCAGACGCUGGUCCGCGUGCAGGCGCAGGUGCGCGCCAGCCGCGUCGAGGCCAUGGAGCGGCGCAACCGGCAGCACCACGGCGCCAUGCUCAGGGACGGCGGCAGGUGGCGCGCCGGCUCACAGGACGGCGGCAUUUGGGACGACAGCCGGCUGACGCGGGAGGAGGCGGACGCGCGGACGAAGCGGAAGGUGGAAGCCGUGAUCAAGAGGGAGAGAGCCCUCGCCUACGCCUACUCCCAUCAGCUGCUGAAGGCGACACCGAUGGCGGCCCACGCGAUCCUAGCGGACCUGCAGUCGGGGCGGAGCCCCUGGUGGUGGACGCCCAUCGAGCGCCACCACGAGCCGGGGAGCUACCGCCCAGUGGAGCCCGCCAUCAGCAAGCCCCGGCCGGCGCUCGCGAUCGCCCACCGCGAGACGACGCCAAUGGCGAUGACGGCGGCGACGACGCCGGCCCGGUCGGUGGUCUCGGCCUACUCCAAAACAAGGACCACGAGGCCCGUGACCAAGGUGGGAGCCCCCCCGGCGCCGUCGUUGAGCUACGUGGGGAGCAUCCGCGACGACGAGAGCCUGACGAGCUGCCCGGCGUUCGGCGGCGUGCCCAACUACAUGACGCCCACGCUGUCGGCGUCCGCCAAGGCGCGGGCGCGGGCGCACCUGCAGCAGCAGCAGAAGGCGGCCCAGGAGAAGCCCAGGUUCUCGUUCGGGCUGGGGCAGAGCAUCGGGAGUUGGGCCAAGAGCCCGUUCUGGAAGGCCGGCGGCGGCGGCGGGCUGCCGUCGUCGAGGGUGGCCACGCCGGCGGCGUCGGUGGCCGGCGGGCGGCACCGGUCGACGCGGUCGAUCAGCGGGCUCAGCGUGGACUCCACCGUGUCCAUGCCGGCCGGGAUCGGCAGGAGGCCGUUCAAGUAGAUAUAUAUAUACACGUGUCGGACUCACGGUUGCUUGCAUUGCAUCAUUCUUCUUGUUCUUCCAUCUCCUUUCGACGCAUUUGUGCUUGGAAUUUGUACGUACGUGAUUGGGUGGUGUGGCUUGUUGUGGGUUACCAUUGCGUUUGCUGAUUCGCUGCUCUUUGCUAGCUCCCUGUUUGCUGGCCUCCUUUGUCCCCAGCCUUAUUUUGGUUUUUGAGGGGCCAGUGAGCUGUAGCGUGUAAACUCGGCGACUCCAUCGAACAAACCUACAUGCGUUAAGUAAGUUCUUGAUUUGUCAAUUAGCAUGGAUGCCGAUGCAUAUCCAUUUUA